CAAAUUAUUGGUGGCUUCAUAUUCACCUCUUACAAUACAUACACACAUGUAUCUAUAGCUUCUGCUUCAUCCAAUUCUUUCCUGGAGAUUAAAAAACCAAAAAUUUGCAUAUGAAUUGCUGAAUCUGAAUCUAGGUUUCUCAAAAGGAUUAGGGCACUGCUUCAUUGAUAUGGUUGAGAAAUGUUAGUUGCGUAUCCUUCGGGAACUAUCGACAAAUUCCAAAUCUCUAUUAGCUGCAAUGUCGCUUUGCGCAGAUUCAAGACCGCGCCUUUUGGUCCUCUGAUUAGUUGUUCUGUCUCUCCAAGAUCCAUAGUUCCUUGUAGGAAUGUGGACUGUUAUCAUUCAUUUUUUUCUCCAAAAGGUCAAAUUCAGCCUCGAAGGAGAUGGAUGUUUUGUAAUUCACGCAACAACUCGAUUUCAUCGGAUGAUGAGUACCGUUCAUCACGCAACAUAGCUAUAAGUCUUUUAAGACGUUACAGGACCGUGAUUGGACGCGGUGAAGGCGAAACCUUAAAAGAAUUCAUAUCCGCUGGUGUGAACGCAUAUGCGCUUGGUUGCACAGAUGAAGAUUUGAGAAAAGAACUAAUGGCUAUGAAAGAUUCGGGUUUAGAGAUUGAAAGAAUGGAGAGUUACGGCGGAAGCACACAGACUAAAUCCAAAAUUUUGCUGUCCGAGGUAGAUGAAUGCAUAUUGUGGCUUAGGAUUGUAUUCAUCACAAUCUUGUGUACACCGCAACCAACAGUCGUAAGAUGGUCAUCGACUCCUUCGGUUUCCGAUGAAAUUCUAAGCAAAUGGAGAGGCUUUUGCGCGGUCAUAGCCAAUGCAUACUAUAUUAGAGGAAUGGCAUGGCUGCCGGUGAAAACUCUUCAGUUGGAGCAGAUGGCGGUGACAGGACAAGCGGAGGAGCCGUCGGUUGUGGCCAGCCGAAUGCGACUGGUCUUUAGCACGCUCGAGGUAGUGAGUCCUCAAUGGCCACGGGUUUAACUAUGAAGUUCUGCAUAUUGCAAUAUACGAGUUAUGAGAAUUUCAACUUUACGAGAAAAGUUCCAACGACAGUCACCACCACCACUACUACUACCUCCACCACCAUCGCCGUUGUCCUAACCACCAUCGACGUCACCAUCACCACCACUAUAUCACCACCACCAUGCCAUCACACCACCGCUACCACAACUAUGCCAUCACCACCAUACCGUUACCAUCAUCAUCACCAAGUUAUUACCGUCACCACCACCACUACCUACAUUUUAUUACAAAUGUUUCGUUCUAUACUAUUUCAUUGGAUUCUAUACUAUCUCAUUUAUGUGUAGAAAGAUAAAUACUAUUCAUUAUUUAAAAAAAUCAAAUCCGAUUUAAGAAA